CAGAGAUAGAUCUAAAAAGACUUGGUUGGAAAAUAUUAAAAAUGACAUUUCUUUAUUAAAUGGCAUUUCUUUAUUAGAUUUAAAUGAAAAUUUCAUUUUUAACAGGACAAAAUAGAGAAGAAUGAUUCAUAUAACUGAACCCACGCUGAUAUAAAGGCUUCAUGUUGUUUUGUUGCAUUAAAUUUUAGAAAUCUUUAGAUAUUAAUUUGAUUGGAUUUUGAGUUGUAAUUAAUCAAAUAGACAUGUAACUACCAAAUUUCAAAACCUAUAAACCCAUCAUAAUCUCAUGAAGCGGAGAUCAAGUGAUCGAUAUUAUCCCUCAAUAAUUACUCACAAAACAACAAUAGUCCAUGAUGAAGGGCACAAUUAAUCAUUAUUUUGUUGAUAGAUGCCUACAAAUGACAUAAAAAUUUAAAUUUAAUUCUUUCAUGAUACCUAUAGCUCCAUUCAAUUUCCUUCAUUAUUUGAUAAUUAACCAUUCAUUAAUUAUGGUUUGGUGUUGUGUAGGAAAGGGGGAGAUGCUAACAUGCUCAGAAGACCUCAACCAAGACUUAUUUCAUGGUGUUCUUGGAGGAUUAGGCCAAUUUGGUGUCAUCACUAGGGCUAGGAUUGCCUUAGAACCAGCUCCCACUAUGGUAAUAUUGUUAGUGAGAUGGGUCGCACUGGCCUACAGUGAUUUCAGUAAAUUUGCCAGUUCUGAGGAGUACCUGAUUUCCUUGGAUGGGAUGAAGGAGAGCAAGAAAGGAUUCGACUACAUCGAAGGCUUCUUCUUCUCAAACAGCAGUCAUGUAGAAAACUUUAUUUCUCCAUUUCUGUCUGUAGAGGAUCGAGAGAUCGCCGGCGCCUUAGCUGACCAGAAUGCCGGGAUCUACCUCAUUGAAGCAGCAUUUCAUUACAAUGAAAGCUCUGCAUCCACUGUCGACCAGGAGAUUGAAACAAUUAUCAGUGGCGUGAUCAAUGGCUUACAGGUCAAGUUUACCAGAGACCUCCCUUACACCACAUUCAUAGACCGGGUUCGCAGGGAGGAGCAGAAGCUCCGUCGUCAUAACCUGUGGAACCUUCAUCAUCCAUGGCUAAACCUGAUCGUACCCAAAUCAAAGAUAAACAUUUUCAAUGAGAAGCUCUUUAAGGGCAUUUUCCAAGAGGAGAAGCCCUUGGGUGUCUAUCUUGUUUAUCCCAUGAAUAGAAACAAGUAUAACUUAACUAUAAAAAAAUACUGCUGUAGGUGGGAUGAGAGAUGGUCUCUUAUGUUUCCUGAGGAAGAAGAAAUCAUUUACAAAAUCGGACUUCUGAUCACCGCUGAUGCCAAUGAUGUGGAGCGAGUUUUAGGUCGCAUUAAGGAGAUCAGGAGCUUCUGUAAUGAGAAUGGCAAUGGGACAAAGGAGUACACGCCAUGCUACAAAACUACAGAGGAGUGGAAGAGGUAUUUUGGAUCAAAAUGGGAGAGACUUGUGAAGCUGAAGAAGAAGUAUGAUCCUAAGGCAAUUUUGACUCCAGGGCAAAUGAUAUUUACUUCAUCACUUCUAGACUGAUUUCCAUAGAAGCAAUGCAGUGGAAAAGCUGAAUAAAGAUUUCAAAUGACAACCUGUUUUUACUCCUGAAUGGAUUUUAAGUAUUUCUUGAGUAUUAUCUUAAGUUUUUUUUUCCUUCUGUGUCAAAAGUGAGUUCAUAUUUUUCAUUUAAAAUUUUUUGAAAAAAAAUAUCAUUUUUAAGUUCAUCUUUGCUUUAUUCAAUGGAGUUAUGAGCUAAUUCAUGAAGCAACUCGCAUUUUUAUAUAAGAGAACUAUUAUUUUAUUCUAUAUUAAACAUUAUCAGCACAACUCACAACUGUAACAAAGAUAGCCUUAGACUGAUUGUUAUCUGUUUGAUUUUUAACAGUGAAAAGGAUUUGGACGUGAAAUUUAAUUAGAAGCAUGUCUUCAGUACUGCCGCUGGUCUACUCAAAUUUCUAAAAACUUUGAUUCAGAAUGAUUAGUCCCGAUGCAUCCACAUAUUUAUUCAAAAACUAUGAAUCAAAGGUCAUAAGUGUGACUAAUAA